AUGCCGACUGUCGACAAAAUCCGUGAAUCAAUAUUGGAAAUGUCAAAGCAAAAUGAAUCUCACAAAUUUUAUGAAACUCUACGUCCAGAAGCCUUUUGUCCUCUGAAAUUGAAAAUUGGAGGAGAUGGGGAUAGUGGAAAAGUCACUUGUGAUCCGAAAAGGGCGAGGAAUGAUUGCACUAUGAUGUCUCUUGGCCUGAAUGAUCAAAUUCAAUUCGAUGAGGAAAUCCAGUCAAUCACCGAUUAUCGAUGCAAUAUUAUUGGUGCAGAUAUGGCAAGGCAAAAUGCUACAACACAGGAAAAAUAUGCAAAAAUGAAAGGACAACUGUUUGUUGGCAAUGUGCCAGAUACAUUGAAAUUGUAUCGCAUGAUGAUUGACUCUGAAUCAAAAGAGGUGGAAAUUCUAAAAAUCGAUAUUGAAAGUUCAGAACACGCGGCACUUGAACCAUUCUUGAAGAAUUAUUUUGUGUGUCAGAUUCUGAUUGAAAUACACGGACUUCCUGCCAAGCAAUUGGAAAUGUUAAGGAAAAUCUCGAGAUUGGGUUUCCGAAUGUUCAACUUCGAACGUAAUCCCUCGUGUACAAUAUGUUGCGAGUACAGUUUUAUCAACGAAAUGUGUAUGUCAAGAUAUCAAGUUAUUCCAAUGGUUUCUUUGAUUACGUGA